AUGGCCACACCUUAUGCUAGUCGGCUAUUGCAUCUAGCAAAGGUUCGAUGCCAUGUGUUUUCUCACAACUUCAAUCCCGAGCGUUUGCGAUUAGGAAACAAAAUCCUUCGGCAACGACUACGCGGACCUACACUUACCGCGUGGUAUCCUAAAAAGACUGUUUCUUUCCGUGACUUACAAGAUACUUAUCGGCCGCUUGGUCUAACAACCUUUGAUGAAGCCGAGGAUGACCGAGAAGAAGCAAUUCAAAUCGCAAAAUCCCGAGGAAAGGGGAGACCCAAGAAGAAACGAACUGCUGAAGAGUCGAGAUCAUCAAAGAAGAAGAAAUAAACAAAUCAUUUGUCACACUUCUAUCGAUUGGUGACAUGGUGUGUUUUACUUUGUCACAACUUGAAGCCUUGCCCCCCGCACUCAACGAUAGAUUUGGUGUAGUCCUGUCGUAAGGAGACUUGUAUUUAUAGAUUGAAAAUGAGAGCGCAAAAGUAUACAUCAG